AUGACGGACGAGCUUGUAGAACAAGUUGAACGAGUGAACAUUGAAGCUGCUGCUGAAGACGGUAAACACGAGAAAGCUGAGGAUCUAGUCACGCCAUGGGAUGUUCAAGCAAGCUCUGAAAAGGGCAUUGACUACAUGAAAUUGAUUGGUAUGUUGUUUUAUGUUUAGUUUUUUAAAUUUUAGGUUGGUGAUGGUAAAAUACGUGUAUAAUGCAAAUCGACAAUUUCCGUCUAGAUUUUUAUAAUAUUUUUAAUCAUUUUUUAAAGAGUUUACGAUGUAAAAUUUGGUAAUUUUAGAAAAAUUCGGCUGCAGACCAAUUGGCCAAGAUCUGCUGGACAGAAUCGAGAAGAUCACUGGAAAACCGCCUCAUGUUAUGUUGAGGAGAGGUCUUUUCUUUGCUCAACGGUUAGUUUAGGUUUUUUUAUUUACUAUAUUUACAAAUUAUAUUGUUUUGUAAACUUGAAUUUACAUUUAGAUGGCUUUUUCAGGGAUCUAUCGCUGAUUUUGGACCGUGUUGAGAAAGGAAAGCCGUUUUUCUUGUAUACUGGUAGAGGACCAAGCUCAGGAAGUCUUCAUCUUGGCCAUUUGAUUCCAUUCAUCUUCACUAAGUAUCUACAGGAAGCCUUCAAUGUUCCACUUGUUAUUCAGGUAAUAAAAUAGUAUAAACAUAAGUUAUAGUAGAUGUCAUUGAUAAUAUGUUUUGUAAUAAAUUGUAUUUUAAAGUUUUCUUCGAUGAUAAUCGACGUACUUUACAUUAAGAAGUAAUGUUUUAGAUAACAGAAGAUGAAAAGUUUUUGUGGAAGGACAUGACUUUGGACGAAGCCAGGAAGUGUGCCAAGGAGAAUAUAAAAGACAUAAUUUCGGUUGGUUUUGAUCCGAAAAAGACGUUUAUCUUUAUGGAUACGGAGUAUAUGUGGUAAGUGAUUGUUUUUGGACGUAAAAGGAUACAGUAAAAGUUUAAUUUUUAUUUGUUACAUGCAUUAUAUUAUCAUAGACGUCAAUUUUUAUAAGACUCGAUGUAUAUGUUGUAAAAUACGUUCUGUAUGGUUAAAUAUUUGAAUAUAAAGACGCCUCAGGUAUUGAUAAACUUUUUUCAGUCCAGCGUUUUACGAAAACAUUUUGAAAAUAUGGAAAACCGUGACGAACAAUCAAAGCCGAGCCAUCUUUGGUUUCUGUGGAGAAGAUUCGAUGGGGAAGGCGGCUUUUCCAGCAAUUGAAGCCGCCCCUUGCUUUUCAACAUCAUUUCCACAUGUGUUCAAUAAGAAAAAGGACAUUCCUGCUUUAAUUCCAUGUGCUAUUGAUCAGGUUGGUUGAAGAUACAACGAUUUAUAUUGUAGUAGAGGGGAAAUUUUGCUAAAAAUUGGUGUUUUUUAGCAUAUUUUGAAAUUUUAUUGGGCUUUUUCGUUAACUAUAGGUAAGAUAUAAUGUUGAUAUGAGUCUUGGAAGCCUGAAAAAUACUUUGUAAAUUUAAAAAGUUUAGUUUUUUUUUACGUUUCAGUAUAAAACACAACGUUUAAAGUCGACAAUUUCAGGACCCAUACUUUAGAAUGUGCCGUGAUGUAGCGCCAAGGCUGAAGUUCCCAAAGCCAGCCAUGAUAUACUCAUCGUUCUUACCAGCUCUCCAAGGAGCACAAUCGAAAAUGGCAGCUUCUGACACGAAUUCCUGCAUUUUCUUGAGUGAUACACCUAAACAAAUCAAAAAUAAGGUGCGUUUUUGAGGAUUUUGGGUAAUAUUAGAUGAUUUUUUGCAGUUUUAUUAAUCACAUAUGAAUUUUAUUAACAAAAUAUGAAAAGUACUAUAAAAUAAUGUAUUUUACAUAUUAUAGAUCAACAAGUACGCGUUCAGUGGUGGCCGUGACACGAUAGAGGAACAUAGACAAUAUGGAGGUAACUGUGAGGUGGACACUUCAUUCCAGUUCUUGAAAUACUUUUUGGAAGACGACGCGGAGCUAGAAGAGAUUAGAAAGGUAUUUUUUUAAAUUUUAAUAUGAAAAUUUUGGUUUUAAAAUGGUUUUUAGAAGAAAAAUUCUAAUUUUAGGUAAUAUUUAGUCCUUUAUUGGGAUUUUUUGAUUUUUUCAAGCUAGUUUAGGUAGUAUUUUGACAAUUUUUUGACAUUACAGGUAGAAAUAGUCUUUUUUGUAACAUUUUUGACCAUUUCAGAACUACACCUCAGGCGCAAUGUUGACAGGUGAGCUGAAAGCAAAGGCCGCUCAAGUUAUCACCGAAGCUAUCGCCGUCUUCCAAGAACGUCGCAAAACCGUCACCAAUGACACUGUAGCUGAAUUCUGCGCCGUCCGCAAACUGGAUUUUGACUUUUAA